CAUAGGGCUGGAGGUGAUCUUCCGAGUCGAUCAUUAUCAGCCAAGAUUGAUCAACGACUGCAAAUCACAGUACGAACUGGGAACGAUUACGGCAUCAAGUCUAUGACGAGGUCAAAUCAUACUCAUUCAAUCAUCACUCAGUUGCAACUGAGCGGUUCAUUCAUUUGUCAUGUGAAAGACCAACACCAGAACGCCAACAGCACAGAAAAACGGACGCUUCAAAAUCACUCCUGGCCAUGAUCAAGACUCGCGCCGACUCCGAUGAUUCCCUUCACUCCGCGGGACGUGUGUUUGUCCAUCAAGGACCCUAGCCCGCCCACCAACACACGCCCGCCUCACCAGCCCAAAGUCCAUCCCCAUAAUCCAUCCCUGAAUUCAAGUCCCCGGCCCGAAGGCAAUUUCCUUCCUCCACCGCCCCCCUAUCCCUGGCAAGCGCCGUGUGCGUGUCCAUCAAGGACCCCUAGCCCACCCACGUUCCGCAACACGCGCUGCCCCCGUUUACUUUAUGCCACUGCGAGGAUACCGAGCCGAAACGUCGACAUUUAGGGAAGGAUAAUAGGGCCCCGAUCCAGGGACUCUGCUCAGGGGUCCACCGGCCCGUUGCCUUGAA